UGUCUGAAACCAUUCAUUGAAGCUAGGGUUUUUAGUCAUCUUUCAUCACUACAAGGUAGAGAGUAGACCAGUGUGAGGAGUGAGGUCGGCUGCAAACAUGGGUAUCUCAAGAGAUUCUAUGCACAAGAGACGUGCCACUGGUGGAAAGAAGAAAUCUUGGAGGAAGAAGCGAAAGUAUGAGCUUGGCCGCCAACCAGCUAAUACUAAGAUCUCAGGCAACAAGACAGUCAGGCGAAUUCGUGUGCGUGGUGGUAAUGUGAAGUGGAGGGCACUGAGAUUGGAUACUGGAAACUAUUCAUGGGGUAGUGAGGCAACCACACGCAAGACUCGUAUCCUUGAUGUGGUUUACAAUGCCUCGAAUAAUGAACUUGUCCGCACACAAACACUGGUCAAGAGUGCAAUUGUUCAAGUUGAUGCUGCACCAUUUAAACAGUGGUACCUCCAGCAUUAUGGUGUUGACAUUGGUAGGAAAAAGAAGGGAGCUGCUAAGAAGGAAACUACCGAGGAGGGAGAAGCUACUGCUCCAGCUGAGGAAGCUAAGAAGAGCAACCAUGUAGCCCGGAAACUUGAGAAACGUCAGAAGGAUCGUAAACUUGAUCCUCACCUCGAAGAGCAAUUUAGUUCUGGUAGGCUAUAUGCCUGCAUCUCAUCUCGCCCUGGUCAAUGUGGCAGAGCUGACGGGUACAUUUUGGAAGGGAAAGAGUUGGAAUUCUAUAUGAAGAAACUUCAAAAGAAGAAAGGCAAGGCUGGAUCUGGUGCUGCUGCUUAAGAGGAACUUUUUUUUGUUUUUUUUUGAGAGGGUAUUUUUACUCAUAGGCUGUUUUUUCUUAUCUCAUGUGACACUAUAAGUUGAGACAUGGACUUUACUGUUACAGCAAUCUUUACUAGAGGUACCUUAAUGUAAUUCUAUUGCAUUAAUUAGAUUUCUUGGUUCUUAAUUCUCA